AAAAACUAAAUCAAGUGGACAGACUAGCCAAUAAGAUUAGACUGAGAUAACAAAAUAAAGCGUUUCACCAAACUCGGUCUAUUUUAACAACGUUGUGUGUAUGGAGUCUGCUUAGAGCCUUAGAGCCGCCAAAUAAAUGGUUUCAAGAAUACCAAGUCAACGGUCAACGAGAGCAUAUAAGCUCCAUCUAUAUAACAGUUUCACUAAAAAUCUGUAAGUCUCGUUAUAGCCGACAUGGAAAGAACUCAAGACCUCUAUGCCAAUGGUCAGCAGAACAUAGAAGCAAACCUCGCAGAUCAGGAGGAAAUGAAUAACACCAUGGAGAUCGAAUCAUCUCCCAUACCUCAACCAAAGAAUUGUAAAAGGUGGCUUCGUAUCUCCAUUUAUGUAUUCUUUGUCCUCUCCUGCCAAGCACUUUCCACAAUUCUUGGAAGAUUGUACUUUGAAAAUGGUGGUAAGAGCACAUGGAUGGGAACACUUGUCCAACUAAUAGGCUUCCCUGUUCUGUUUCUCUUCCGCUUCCUUUCCAAAACCAAAACACCAAAAUCAACAGAUACAAGUCUCAGAAAGUUCCCUUCCUUCAUCACCCUUGGAUCAGUUUACAUUGUCACUGGACUAUUAGUGUCUGCUAACUCUUACAUGUCUUCUGUUGGGUUACUCUACUUGCCAGUUUCAACUUUCUCCCUCAUCUUAGCGUCACAACUAGCCUUCACAGCCUUCUUCUCAUACUUCCUAAACUCGCAGAAGUUCACACCGUUCAUAGUCAAUUCUUUGUUUCUUCUCACCAUCUCCUCUGCUCUCCUUGUUGUCAACACUGAUGAGUCACAAAGCACAACAAAUGUUUCUAGUAGAGUAAAGUAUGUGAUAGGGAUCAUAUGCACCAUUGGUGCUUCUGCUGGCAUUGGACUGCUUCUAUCUCUUGUACAACUGAUCCUCAGGAAAGUUUUAAAGAACCAUACAGUCUCAACGGUCAUGGACUUGGUCGCCUACCAAUCUCUAGUUGCAAGCUGUGUGGUUCUCAUUGGACUUUUUGCAAGCGGUGAGUGGAAGACUUUGACAAGUGAGAUGGAAAACUAUAAACUUGGAAAAGCACCAUAUGCUAUAACUUUGGCCUCCAUAGCUAUUUCAUGGCAAGUCUACACCAUUGGUGUUGUGGGGUUGAUCUUUGAGUCGUCAUCUGUGUUCUCUAAUUCCAUAACUGCUGUGGGAUUGCCUAUUGUUCCUGUUGUCGCAGUGAUAGUUUUUGGUGAUAAAAUGAAUACGUCUAAGAUCUUCUCCAUCAUUUUAGCUAUAUGGGGUUUCAUUUCAUUCGUCUAUCAGCACUACCUAGAUGAAAAGAAGUUGAAGAUAAGUCAUACAAAUCAUGUAGGAGGUCCUCGUCUACCUGUUGAUGAAGGUCAAACAAACAUACAAAUCGUAUAAUCAUGCAUGUAUCCUGUAAAGAGCGAAUGUCUUUACGUACAGUUUAUGCAUAAUGUAUAUACAAAAACUUGUAACUCUAUAUGGACAACAGUUCAGUUGUGAGUUAUAACUCGUAUAAUCAUGCAUGUAUCCUGUAAGUAACUGAGCAUAAUGAUUAUAGCAAACAAUUUUUUUAAUU